ACAUUGCAGCGAGAUGGACAUGUCAAUUUUUGAAAAACUCGAGCAACAACUAGCUCAGCAGGCUUCUAUUCGUGAUGAAAUCUCAGAAAUUGUUGAUCGUCUGAAUGAAAAAACGAAAAUCUUCUCUCUUUACAGAGCAAGCGUUACAGAACCUACGCAAUUGGAACUGGAAACAUUGAACACGAAACUCUUAGAUAUCAAAAAUGUUGUGAAAGAGCUUUCUGAAAAAACCUCAAAGUACUCCUUUUACAAGUAUCAUGACACGUGGUCUUUUGCUCUUCAAAAAGCCAUUACUUGUCUUCUGUCUGCAUCUUGGUCUGGCCUUGUGACCGACUCGCCUUCAGCUCCUUAUUCCAUUCUUACUUUGGAGCAAGUCGGAAACUAUUUUGAUGUUCCUGUUUAUCCGAACGAUGCAUCCUUCCACGUCGCCAUUGAGGAUUACCUCCAUUCCUUAGUUUCGUUUUGCUCCGAACUUUCGAGAGUUUCUGUCACUUCCGUUAUUCAUGGUAAAACAGAACUUGCCUAUAAAGUUUUGGAAACUAUCACCGCCGUUCAUACAGCCUUCCAGUCUCUUACACUCAAAAACGACUCCCUUCGUCGCCGUUUUGACGGUAUUAAGUACGACUUAAAACGUGCUGAAGAUGUUGUCUACGAUAUCAAAAUUCAUAAAAUCUAAGUACUAGUGAAUGAUAAAAGCCCUUUUUGUGCCGGACCUCCCUUUAAUUCCUGCAAUUGUCGGUUGUCGCACUUAAGCGACAAAGCCGAAACCUUAAAAUUUUAACGUUCACGUGAGUACUGAACGGACAGUAAAAUUGCCAUAUUCUGUCUAAACACGAACAGCAGUAUCGACGAUUUGAAGUGCUGUCUACAAAAAC